AUGCUUAUAAUAGUGCGAUGACGGAGUAUCUGAUCACAAGGAAAACAAUCUUGUCAAAACUUUCUAACAAAUUAUGAAUUUGGGAUCUUCUAGCCCGUAUACUAAUGGGCUUCUGUUUGCUGGAUGGAAUCAGGAUCAUGGGUGCUUUUCCUGUGGAAUGGAAAAAGGUUUCCGUGUGUACAAUGCUGAUCCAUUGAAAGAGAAAGAGAGACAAGAUUUUUCCGAUGGUGGCAUCGGUCAUGUUGAGAUGCUGUUCCGUUGCAAUUACCUAGCUCUGGUUGGUGGUGGAAAAAACCCAAAAUAUCCCCCAAACAAAGUUAUGGUUUGGGAUGAUUUAAAGAAAAAGCACGUUAUUGAACUGGAGUUUUCGUCAGAUGUGAGGAGUGUACGUCUGAGAAGAGACAGAAUUGUCGUUGCUCUAGAUUCCAUGAUCAAAGUGUACACCUUCACGCAAAAUCCCCAGCAACUUCAUGUCUUUGAGACAGGCUACAAUCCAAAGGGCUUGUGUGUGAUGUGCCCAAACAGUAACAACUCAUUGUUAUCAUUUCCUGCCCGCAAAGUGGGACAUGUUCAAGUAGUAGAUCUUGCGGACACUGAGAAAUCACCACUUGAUAUUCCAGCCCAUGAAGCAAAUUUGAGUUGUAUGGCGAUGAAUUUGCAAGGCACAAGACUAGCCACAGCCUCUGAAAAGGGUACCUUAAUACGUGUGUUCGACACAGCCGCAGGAGUUCAGUUGCAUGAGUUGCGUCGCGGUGCUAACAGUGCUCACAUUUACUGCAUAAGCUUCAAUACAGAUUCCACUCUCUUGUGUGUCUCAAGUGACCACGGAACAGUCCACAUUUUCUCUACUGAAGAUGAAAAGAAGAACAAACAGUCCAGUGGUCUGUGCUGAUGGCAGUUACUACAGGUUUAUGUUCAACUCCAAAGGAGAAUGCUCAAGGGACGUUUAUGCACAGUUUUUGGAGAUGACUGACGACAGAACUUGAAGAGCUUCCCCAUAUUAUUGUAUUGUGUCAGAUAGCAUGUGAAUGUGAUUGUAUGGGUGUUUGUGUCAGUGUGAGAGCGUAUUUGUGUGUGUAUAAGUGUAUGUGUGUGGGGGAUUGUUCACAUAUGAGCCUUUUCUAUAACCUCAGCAAAGAAAGGGGGACAUGAGGCGUAAAAACUCAGCAGCGACAUAACAAAGGAGUUUCUCUAGCCUAUAACUCAUUCCAGUCGCACCCAAAUCUGGCUGAAAGCACCCCGUGCCGCACUAUUUUGACCAUAUUUCCACUGACUGUAGGAACAGAAUAUCUUUCAAAACCCACAAAACCCAUACAUUUUUGUGAUUGUGCUUAUAUCCCCUCUCAGAAUAUCAGGUUGAUUUUUGUGUGAGACGAUACAAACAAAUAUUACAGCUCAUGAAAUAACCC